AUGGCUCCGCGAAAGAUCGUCAUCGACACCGAUCCUGGCGUGGACGAUGUCAUGGCUAUGCUGCUGGCUCUCAGCGCCAGCAAGGAGGAGAUUGAAGUCAUUAUGAUUUCUGUCACAUACGGCAACGUGUCUCUCGAAUGCUGUGGACGCAACGUCGUCGGUAUGAUGCAGGUGAUUGAGAAGGAAAUGGCCUGGCGCAAAGCCAACGGCCGUCCUGAAGGCUUCGAGGCUCUCAAGGCGUGCAAGCCUCUGGUUGCGCUCGGUGCCGAGCACCCUCUGGAAGAGACGGACCUCAAAUUUGACCACUUCCACGGCCUAGAUGGUCUCCAUGAUGUCCACGCCACAUUCCCUGAUUUCAGCCCGCCCGAAAAGUGGCUACACAUCUUCCGCGAGCAGGGCUCCUCCGUGACCAUGACAGACCUGGACAAGAUCUCGCCCCUCUUCACGCCCUCGCGGGAACCCGCGCACAAGGAGAUUAUCCGCCUCCUGCGCGAAAACCCCGUCGACAGCGUUUCCAUCCUCACCGUCGGGCCCAUGACCAACGUGGCCCUAGCCGCGUCCCUAGACCCCGAGACCCUGCUCCGUGCCAAGGAGGUCGUCGUUAUGGGCGGCGCCGUCACGGUGCAGGGCAACAUCACCCCCGUCGCCGAGUUCAACACGUACGCCGACGCCGUCGCCGCCGCGCGCAUCUUCGCCCUCAGCUCCCACACGCCGUCCCACACGCUGCCGCCCGUGACCCCGCAGACGACGCUGCCGCCGUACCCGGCCGGCCUGUCGCGGACGCUGCGCGUCGUGCUCUGCCCGCUCGACGUUACCGAGCCGCACGAGCUCACGAGCGCGUACUUCUCAGAGACCAUGGCGCCCGUCGUGGCCUCGGGCAGCCCGCUCGGUACCUGGGUGCAGCACUUUGUCGGCGGCGCGUUUGCCAAGAUCAAGACCAUCCUCGGCCCGGACACCGAGGCCGGGCUCUCGCUGCACGACCCCAUGACGGUAUGGUACGCGCUCGCCGCUGAGGGUGACCCGCAGUGGAAACUAGUCGGCCCCGAGGACAUUCGCAUCGAAACGGCCGGGCAGUGGUCGCGCGGCAUGCACAUUGUCGACCACCGCGGCAAGGUGCGUCCCGCGGAGGCGGCGUUUCUCGCGUCGGCGGAUCCCCGCAACGACCCCGAGGUUAUUCGGCUCGACGCCGUCGAGGGAGACGAGCACGGCUGGCUGAGCGUCCUCAAGGGCAACCGCAUCUACCGCCUCGUGGGGACGCCGGGGGAGGAAAUCUUCAAGGAGGUGCUACUGAAGCGCCUUUUUGGGCUAGCAGAGUAA